AUGUCUAAAGACACUGUUCUUCUCGCACCAUCCAUCGUUUCACUACCAUAUAGAGUAUAUCCACAACGAUUCUAUGUUCUUACUGUCUUUUGCCUACUUUCGUUUAAUCAAAAUCUUAUAUGGCUAACUUUUUCUCCAAUAGCAAGAAGUACAGAAACUUAUUACAAGAUCAGUGAAGCCACUGUUGAUCUUCUUCUCAAUUGGGGUCCAAUUAUUUUCAUUCCUUGUUUACCUCUCACUUAUAUCUUGCUCAACAAAGAUCAUGGACUUCGACGCUGUAUUAUUCUACUGGCAAUCGGUGACUUCAUAGCGGCACUUCUCCGUGUCAUUCCAUCAGUUCUUACUUCUCCGUCGAGUCCUCAUUUCUCAACUAUUUCUAUGAUAUUCAUGCAUGCUGGUCAGAUUCUUAACGCUGCAUGUGGUCCCUUGGCUACGACACCUGUUUCACAAUUAUCCUGUCUUUGGUUUGGCUCGAAUCAGCGCACUCGAGCCACAACAAUAGCCAUAUUUACGCAUAAACUCGGUGGAGCUAUUGCUUUCUUGACCAGUUCAGCGAUUGUUUCAUUACCCGAACAUAUUCCUCGACUUCUCUAUAUUCAUUUGGGUCUCACAUUUGUAGCAUGUGUUCUUGUUUUGAUUUAUUUUCCGGCACAACCACCUACUGCUCCAUCAGGUGCAGCCGAACUGCUCAUGUCUUAUGGAACUGAUCGACCAAAUGACAGUUCCUGGCGAACAUCUAUGAAGAAUGUCGGGCGAUGUAUGACUACGCCAUCCAUGGUUCUUCUUUCAACUGCUGGUGGUAUAAUUGCCGGUACAUUCGGUACAUGGACAGGUCUCUUCGAUACUAUUCUCAAACCAGAGAAUUAUUCAGAAAAACAAUCAGGCUGGUUCGCUUUUGGAACAUUGAUAUCAUGCAUUGUUGGUGGUCUUUGUUUUGGUGCCUUGGCCGAUACUCGCUACUUUCAACGACGACUCAAGAUACUUAUUGUCUUGGCAUUUAUUUGCUGUUUCCUUGCCGUGUUCUUCUUUGAGCUUUCUGUUCAUACGGUCUUCUACGACAAACCUCUUUUGCAUUCUACAUCUCUCAUAAUUGGCUUAUCAGUUGCUUUUGCGGGUUUUUUUCAAGGUGCUGCUUUACCAUUAAUCUAUGAGGCAAUGGCCGAAAUAAUGUUUCCUUUACCUGAGUCUCUAUCAGCCUCAAUUCUUCUCCAAUGGCUGAAUAUUACUGCACUCAUUCUUCUGUUUAUUGCUCCAAAUCGAGCAAAAUUGAUCAAUCUACUCGUGUUGAUUGCAUUGGGUACUUCUAUUAUUAUGAGUCUUUUAGCUCGAAUUACGUAUCGAAGACGUAAUGAAGAUGAGAGAAAAGAAUGUGAAAAAGAGAAUGAACAAUUAUUGAAUAGUGACAAUAUGGAUCCCUAUCAAAAUCAAAGUAUCAGUCAAUCACAAUAUGGCUCGAUCUCAUAA